GUAAACUUCAGCUUGUUAAUCGAUAAUUGGUAUCUAUCUGGAUGAUACAGCAUUUGCAUGUUGGUAUUUUGCAUGUAUUUAUUGCGUCGCCAGACUUAAUAAGUAAUAUCGACGAACAGAAUAUCCAAGAUGACGGCGUCAUCAUCUCUCGACCCAAAACUCCGAAAUCGUAUUACGAGAUACCUUCAUACCGGGAAUGAGAUUCCAAAAUAUUAUCCUGGAUGUUGGAACUCCCACAAAUAUUUUGAAACACACAAACUAAAAGCUAUUGAUGAAGCAUUGGAAAGUGGAUCAAAUAAUGUUGAAGUUGUUGAUAUCAUUCUACAGGCUUACAAAGAUGGUUGGUGUACUAGAUUUGAGACAAUUGCAUUUGCUUUGACUAAAUGUCUUCUCAAUGGGUCUCCAAUAGUUAAAGAGGCAACAUAUAAAGCUGCCUCAGAAAUAUGUAACACGCCAGAAGAGAUGAUGUUAUUCAAUAAAUUCACCAGACUCUUACAAACUGGUAAUGGUCGUGGAUGGUGCAAGCAUGUCAAAGAAUGGUACAUUCGUAAAGAUCCAAUGGAACUAGCAAAGGAAAUGACAAGAGUGCGUGCAAGACAUGGACGUUCUCACAAAACACUCUUAAAGAAAUCUCAUGUUAAGAUUCCUGAAAAUGACCAUGCUCGAGAUGCAGUAAUCAAGUAUGCUAUUUUCGGUCUGAAACGAGCUAAGCAAAUGUUGGGUAAUGUUGAAGGAACAAAAGAGGUUUUUGAUUACAUUCAGAUAGUUGAGGACAUGCGCCACUGUGAAGAUCCUGUGGCAGCAGCAGAAAUGGCUACCCAGCACCAAUUCACUCUUGAUCAUGUUCCAGGACACCUGCUCACUUCACAAGAUGUCUGGAAUGCAGUUUUGCCUCAAUUUUCCCUGGGAGAGUUACUCAGCAACAUUCAACGUAUUCACAACAUGGGUUUUCUGACAAGUGACUCUACCACCACAGGAAUCCUGAUCUCACUGCUAAAUAAUCAGGAUGUUAUUAAAAAAUCGAAAGUUACUCCGAUCGAAGUAUAUAUCACUUUAUGCAACUACAAAAAAAAGACCAGACCAAUGAAAUAUGAAAAAGCUAAAGUAGCAAUGGAAAAGCAAGCCCGACGUCGCACUCGUCAAAUCUUUGAUACUAAAACAGAACUCUGGGAGUGGACUGUUACACGCCGUCAUCCUAAAGAAAUAAAGCAUUGGGGUAUUGAUCAACCACCCAACCCUACUGUUCUGGCUGCACUCAGCAAGCUGAUUGAUCAGACUUGGUUGCUCACUCCUCCAACUGAAGCCCGCUAUCUCAUCACUUUGGACAUGAGACACCAUAUGUUCAAAGGUCGUCAUUUCUGCAAAAACUAUGUGAUUCCAAAGAAGGGCAGGAAAACUUCAGCUAAGAGUACACCCGGAGCUGGCGGUGAUGCUGAUACUGAAAAACCUGAAAGCAAGAAACAUUUACUUGCUGAAUGUUUCUACAAUAAACAUGUGACUCCUGGACAUGCUGCUAUAAUAUUAGCACUUCAAUUGCUGAAGCGUGAAAAAAAUGUGAAACUGGCAGUCUUCACUGAGGAAGGAAUACAGUUGGUCUCCAUUGAGCGUAACUUUAGCAACAUUGAAGAAGCUGAGUUUGUUUUAAGGAAAGCAAACUUAGGCCGCGUUCAACUCGACGCACCCAUUGAAUGGGCCACCAAAAACAAUCAGAAGUUCGACGUGUUUAUUAAUAUGGUGGAUCGGACCACUCGCUACAUGGAACUAGACCUCACUUCUCGCGGUGGGCGAGGACCGGGAGGGCGAUUUGGUCCGCCACCAUCUCCAACAAAGGAGAUACCAGACCAUUGUCCCGUUAGAGCUCUUGAACGUUAUCGGGCCAGUAGAGUGCGAGAUGCGAAGAUGAUCGUAGUGUCGUUAGCUUCGCACCGAAUAGCGACCACUGACGGCACGCACGAGGGCGUGCUCGACAUCGUUGGUGUCGACGAACACGUACCGAAACUUAUGGAUGCGUUCGUUCUCGGCCAGUUCAAGUAGAUCUUGAAUUGUUAUAUUGUCAAUUUACAUUGGAAUUAACUUUUCGGCGACGGUUGUAUCUCAUGCAAUUUAAUCGACUUCCUUUUACCCCAGUAUUUGAAUUGUUUACACCACGAUGUGUUCCGAACCCAAUUUAAAAAAAUUUAAAAUGUUAUCGAAAAAUGUAGUAUGUAAAAAUGAAAUACCAAUUGGCUUUACUUUUAAUUACAGUCAAAGGUUUGUAAUUUUAUUUGCUGUAAUUUUCAAAUUUAGUUAAUCAUAUCAGGUUCGGUCACAGUAAAAAUACAAAGAACUUAUUCUUUGGAAUGCUUGGAGCUUAAUUUUUUUUUUGUUUAACUUCACAGUAGACAAUUCAGUUUGCUUUGAGGUUUAUUUAUAAAUAAGCUGCUACAUGCGAAUUUCUUAUAUUACAAAACACUGUGGAUAUUUAAAAAAACUUAAAGCCUGGACCAUUUAAGAUUGAUAAAAGAUUAGUGUGACUAGGAAUGAUAUUUUUGUAUCAGUUCAGGUAUUGAACAUUAUUAGAUCUCUGUCUGAACCCCUUUUAGUGGGGAAAGUCUUUGUUAAUUAUUAUGUUUAGUAAGUUGUUUCGCUUAGAUAUUUUACUUAAAAUGAAUCUGUGGUUUAAGACUUUUAACUCAAUAUUUAUCACAAUCAUUUCUGGUAGUGAUAUAGAAACUGACUUACGU